AUGACUUUGUUUGAAACACUGGUCAAGUUAUUGACCGAUUCGUUACUUAAUUGUACUAACACGGAAGAUAUACCACAUUCAGAUUAUUUUCUAAAAAAUCUUCCACAGCCAUUUUUGGUUGGUUUAACAAUAGCUACAGCUGUAUGUUUAACGACAGUUUCAUUGGGAAUUCUGCAUAUUCUGUACAUUUCCAUGUAUGUAACACAAUCCGAUCGAAAGUUAUUUAUUGUCUACUUAGCUAGUACAGCUCCGUUUGUGUCUGUGUUAUCAUUAGUUUCUAUGUACAUGCCAAGAGUAUGGUUCUUAUCUCAUCUACUUAGCUUUUUCUAUUUCUCAGUUGCUUUAUGGGUCAUUAUUUGUUUGUUGAUGCAAAUAUUCGAAGGACAUCAUUCACUAGUUUCGAAGAUGAGUGAGAGACUUCAGCAUAUUGAGGUUGCAACACCUCCGUUCUGUUGUGUCUUUCCUUGUCUUCCCAAAGUCACAUUAGAGAGUCGAAAAAUUCGGAUUUGUGAAUGGAUGGUCAUGCAAGCUCCUUGUGUUCGGCUUUUCGCCACCUUGGUCUCUCUCAUAAUCUAUUUUGAAUAUCAAGAUAAGGGACUUAUUCCAUUAAAAGUUCUCGAUUUCAUCACUUUGCCAUCUAUUUUAGCUGGAAUUUAUGGGACACACAUUCUCGUAACAACAGUGUCUCGAUUGGAUGAGUUGUUGAGCUAUCGAUAUAUCGUCGUCUUCCGAUUGUUAGAUUUCUUUUUUAUGUUAUUUGGUUUACAACAACCAGUGUUCGAUUUCCUGGCCCGUUAUGGAGCUUUUGGGUGUGGAUCUAUCUUACCUGCCAUAGAAACUUCGUUUUUUUGGAAAAAUUUCUGUACAGUCUUGGAAUCAUUUUUUGUAACAUUAAUAUCAACAAUAUUAUUACAACCAUCGAAAUCCUCUUUCUUCGACAAGCAUCCAUCUUGUCGAUCUAGCUCAGCUGCACCUAGUCAUAAUACAUUGGAGACAGAAGCAUAA